AUGAACAUAAUUGAACAAGCUACAAUGAUUAUUAAUACUACUGGUAAUCAGUUAGAAGAACAAAAAAGACAUUUCGAUGAAUGGAACCAAGAAAUAGAAAAUAAAAUUGAUGAAGUAUCAACCCAAAUAAAAGAAAUGUUAUUCAAACCAAAAACGUUAUCAGACCAAACAAUUAAAGAAGAAAUUAAAAUACUUGGAGCUUAUGAACUUUAUAACCACAACCUCUUUUUAAGUCUUAAUCAAAGAAAUACUAAAUUAAAUAAACAAAAAUAUUCUAUUAAAGAUAUAGUAACAAUUCAAUUUAAUGAUUGUUCAUAUAAAAUUCCAAAGAAAUAUGCUGAGGAGUUAUUAAAAGAAUGUAAAGAAGUUAAUGUUAUUAAUUUAAGUGGAAAAGGAUUUGGAUUUGUUACUGAAUAUCUUCGAGGUGAAGAAAUAUCUGAAUUUAAAGAAGAAGAAAAAAAUCAAGUUAUACAACUAUUUCAAUAUUUUGGUUUAAAUUGGAAAGGACUUAAUUCAUUUAAACGUCCAAUUAUCAUCAGUGAAAGUGAUAUUUUUAUUAGUGGAGAAUUUACAUAUGAAAUAAUAGAUGAUGGCGUUUCUGUUCAAAAAACCCAAAACGACAAAAACAAGUCAAUUCUUAUUAUUGAUAAAGAAAUUACUAAAGUAUGUUUUACUGUUGAAUCUAUUGGAGAAUACCCAUACGGUUACUGUAUUAUUAUUGGAUGUUGUACUGAUAAAAAUGAUGUUUUUGGAAGUGGAGUAUAUCUUCCAAUAAAAGGUGGGUAUAUUGUUUCUAAUGGACUUCAAAGAAAUGAACAACAAAUGUCAUUUAAUUCUAUUAAAGAAGAAGAUGAUAUUUGGUUUACUUUUGAUGCUGACAAUCAAAAUGUUCAAAUUCAACUCAAUGAUGAAGAACAAAUCAAUGUAAAGGUAAAAGGGACUCAUUUUUAUCCAUUCGUUAUUAUGAAAUAUAAAGAACAAAUCAUCCAAAUAAGUCAUUUAAGUAAUAAUUGA